AGUACUAGGCAAAAUGCGCGCUUUCCGCCUAAAUCUCAGUCUGGCAGAGAUAAAACGGAUUUGCUCGCAAGAAAAUGCAUCGCCACAAGUUGUUCAUUGCAUCGCACCCUCCUCACUGCUGAUGCAAUGAACGUGUUAAACUAAUCUGAAUAAUUGAACUGACAUAGGAUUUAUUUCACUCUAUUUUGUUUCUUGCCUGUGAGUUACAUGGUGCUGUUAAAAUUUCGGAUCGCGUUGAUUAACAAAUGUUUCCUCUUGGUAUUUCGCACCGAAUUUACUGACUAAUGAACCAACUUAAUAUUAAAACGUGAUUCAAGAUUGUGUAUUAUCAUUCUUCAGUAAACUACGACUGACGUUAACUGUCGUAGUGCUCCGGAUUCGAUGCAACACAAAUAAAAGAACACAAUGAGCAGAAAGGAGAAAACAACGAAAACAAACACAAUAAAUGAAAUUAUAACAAAUGACCUAGACUUCUUGGGUCAGAAUCUUGGUUCUGACUUCGCUCUUGAACUCGCAGGAUUUAAAGACAGAGCUGAAAUUAAUCAGGAUGAUUUUCUACCCAUUUUUCAGAUUAACCAACUAGAGGAAGCGGAUUAUACUUUAGAGAAACAAAUCCAGGACUUGUUGCAAACUAAAGAUGAUGUAACCCAGCAAGUGGAUAAACUAACAAACAAGAACCAGGAAUUCUCCAAGGAACUUAGUGAAAUAGAGCGAUUAGCUGAGAAGCUUGUAAAAGAUAAGGAAUUAGCUCUAACUGUUGCAUGUAAUGAAGCAAAAAUAGCUGAGAUUGAAAUUGAAAAGCAAGAGAGGGACAUUGUUGUGUUGGACCAAGCCAUCGUAAAACUCAGAUCAGACACAGCAAAAUCCAAACAGCAACUUGAGGAAAUUAGAGCAGAAUUACAGGCGAAGUCCGAAGGGAGUAAUGGGGCGAUAACUUCGUUUGAGAAUUGUCAACAAAAUAAAGCUGAGAAAGCUUUUGAUAAAGAUUUUGAUUUUCUUCGAGAAUCUGAAGACACAGAAGCUCAGUUGCACACAUAUGAAGAAAGUAAAUCUCCUUUUCUGUUAGAUACAUUUGUGACGAAUAUAUUACAGGAAAGAGAUUUUUAUAAAUCUGAAGUAGAAUACCUGUUAAAAAUGUUGAGAAGCAGAACUUCAGGACAAGGCAAUUCCUCUAGAGGACGCAGUCCAAUGCGUUCUUCUCCUGUCAAGGGAGGAAGCUAUGAGUCUGAGCUCAUGUGUGUAGUUAAAGAGCGUGAUGAUCUUCAAGCCAUGGUAAGCAAAUAUGAAAAGCAUUUUGCAGAGCUUCAGGCAAAUAUCAAAGUUUUGACUGCAGAAAGAGACCAAAUCAAGCUCCUCUAUGAUCAGAUUCAGGAAGAGCUUACUAGGCUACGAAGUGAUACAGUUAAGUCAGUGAGAUCUCAGAAAAACAGCUUGACAGCUCAAGACAUCCUGCGACGUUUGGAAUGUGAACGUGAUGAAGCUGUAGCAGACCUGAGGAGAAUGACUACAGAACGGGACAGCCUCAGAGAACGAUUAAAGAUUUCCCAGGAGACUGCGAUUAAUGAGAGGGCACAUAUGGAGCAAAGAAUAGAAGACCUGAAGGCGUCUGUACACGCAUUGGAAGAUGAAAGAUUGGAACACCGAUCUAGGCUGUCUUGCCUAAAAGAGAGUGUAACAUCCCUGGAAGAAGAAAUUAAAAUAUUAGCCAGAAAGUCAUCAGACAGUGAAGAUCAACUGUGCAGAGUGAGAGGAGAAAACAACCAAAUCAGAUCAUUAUUGGACCAGGCAGAAGAUAAUCUUGCCGAAUCCCAGAGACGCCUUUCAAUAAAAUCCACUGAUCUACAACUCGCACAGGAUAAGAACAUUCGACAAAGUGAAAAGAUUGAUGAUUUGAGUAGGCAUGUUGCUUCACUUCAAGAAGAGCUUAGCUCAGUCCAUACCAAAGUCUGUGAACUUGAUAAACAAAAGAAAAGUUUACAAGAGCUUACAGAUGAAAAGACUGAAACAAUUGCUUCUCUGGAAGAGAAUCUUCACCAAAAAAAAAAGAACAUAUCAGACUACCAACUGAACAUAAGUGAACUGGAAUCAGUUGUUGAUCAAUUAAAUGAAACUGUCAAUAAUAAAGAGAAUGAGAUAUCCAAUCUACAGCAGCAAUAUGAUUCCAUCAACUCUGAACUAACACAAAUGGGCCAAUUAAGAGAAAGUGCUGUUCAUGAAAAUAACCAGCUGCAUGAACAGCUGUCAAAACUAAAAUGUGAUAAUCAGGCAGCAAAUCGCAAAUUGGAAGAAUAUGAUCACGAGGUUAAAGAUUUGAAGGUCAAAGUCCAAGAUUAUAUUACUGAGAUUACCAAAAUGGAAAACAUGCUUGGCGGAUUGGAAAAUGAAAAUUUUAAUCUGCUGGAACAAGUUCGUAAAUCAAAUGCACAGGCAGAGUCCUGGGAACUGAAGGUCCGCCAACUUGAAGGAGAGCUCAAUUCAAUGCAGCUAGAUCUCGUUAAUGGUAAAUCUGAAAACCGCAGGAUGGGUGAAAAACUUAGCUCACUUGAAAAAGAAAUUGAGGAGCACGAGGCUGCAAGAAAUGCUUACAAGACCCAGGUUUGCUCACUUAAUAAGGUGAUAAUGAAUCUGGAUGAAGAACUUCGCCAAGUGCAGACUGAAAAGACCACAGCCCUCACUGACCUCUCAUCUGCUCAAGAACUUUGCCUGAAGCUGAAUUCUAACAAAGAGAUGAUGAUGAAGCAUGUAACCAACAAAAACAAGGAGAUGGAGCAGGUUCAAAGUGAACUUGAAUCAGCCCGUACUGAAAUAGAGCUUUUAAGAAAUCAGCUUUCCAGUGAGAGAACUACAAUAAAAAACCUGGAAUCUUUGUUGGCAUCUAAUCGUGAGAAAAAGAUCCAAAGCCAAAUAGUCACUCAAGAGAAAGAGACUGAACUUCAGCUCUCUAAAGAUAAGCUUUCCUUGGCAGAAAGCAAACUAGCUUCUCAAUGCCGUGAAAUAUCUCAGCUGAGGAGCAAGAUGACUGUGCUUGAAACAGAAUUAGAAAUGGCAAAGAGGCAGUUGGAUACUGAGCGAUUUGAAAGGGAAUGUGCAGUACAGGAACUUCGCCGACACGGAAACCCUUACCAUACCACAUCACCACCUCAACCUUCUCUAACUCCAGGUUCACAUUCCCCUGAGCGUUCCAUCCAUCGAUCUCCAGAUUAUUCCCUAAAUAGAUCACUGAACAGGGAAAGUGCUGUUCAGGAUCUUCGCCGACACGGCAACUCUUACCGUACUACGUCACCACCUCAACCUUCUUUAAGUCCAGGUUCACAUUCCCCUGAACAUUCCAGCCGCCGACCUCCCGAUUGCUCCCUAAACAGAUCACUGAACAGGGCAUCAUCUUUGAAGGAGUUUUGAUGUUGUGUCGGCUUAUCAUUCGGAAAGGUGUAUGAACAAUUCAAAUUCAAGAAGACAAUUCCUCAUUUCAAUACAAUUGAACCCUGUAUUAUCAGUUUUGUUUGACCGUGUUAAUGAAGAUCUCGUGACAUGCCAGAGAAUUUUACUUUGUCUAUUGCAUUUGUUUUUCAUUCUCAGGAAUUUAGAAAGUUCAAAAAGAUGCAACUUUAAAAAAAGGUUUUCAGUGAUUAUCAGGCAAACUACAGAUAUUACCCUGUCUUGCACUGUAGUUCAGCUUCCUAAAUUAAUAUCAUUAACUGAAUUUGAUCACAGGCAUUUCAAAAUUCCCAAUAAAUCCAUUGAACUAAGGAAUUAUUUGUGAUAAUUUUCUAUUGUUAAUGUUAUAAAAUUGAACAAAAAAGUUAAUCUUUAUUGAUUAGUUUCUGAAACACUGCAAGAUUUCAAUUGUAUUGCUAAUUUUGAAAUCUACUGGUAAACAUUAAUUAGCUAAUGCUGUAUAUAAUCUAUCACUUAAUGUGAUUUCAAAAGCAAAGUAUGAAAUUGAACUUUAUUAAUGCCAUUUUCUUUAUUGGGAUGCCUUAUUAAGCAUAGAAAAGUAUUUUGCAUAAUUUUAGCAUAUUUUAUCACCUACAGUGGCAGAUUACUUUUAAACUACGGUGAAGAACUAAUGAAAAAACAAAGCUGGUAUGCUCCCCAAUAUAUCUUAAAGCUAUUAAACUGGUUAAAUACUAACAAGCUCAAGGAAUCGAUUUCAUUUCUAUUGUAGGUCCAAUGCAAUCUAGUAACUUAUCCCUAAGUUACAUUGCUAGUCAGAGCCCAGAUAGAGAUGUGGAAGAGGGAGAACCUUGUAUAGUAUUUGGGAAUUCUCUCUUGAUGCAGUAAAUACUGUCCUGAAUAAGAGUUUAGAAAUUUCAAAAUUUUAUUUGUGUUAGAAUAUAUGGUGGUGAUACCCAGAAAAUCCAGGAAAAGGGUAUAAUGGCAAAGAUGCUGAUACAAUGACAUCAUCACAGGUCUAUGAACUGUUAGAAAAUAGAACAUAUUGUAUAAUUCACAGGUAGACAGGGUUGUAAAGAAGGCUUUUGGCAUCGUAGCAUUCAUUAAUCAAAGUAUUGAGUAUAGGAGUUGGGAUGUUAUGGUGAGGUUAUAUAAAAUAAGACAUUGGUGAAGCCAAAUUUGGAGUAUUGUGUACAGUUCUGGUCACCUAACUAUAGGAAGGAUAUCAAUAAGAUUGAAAGAGUGCAGAGAAGAUUUACUAGGAUGUUGCCAGGUCUUUAGGAAUUGAGUUACAGGGAAAGAUUGAACAGGUUAAGACUUUAUUCCUUGGAGAGCAGAAGAAUGAGGGGGUAUUUGGUAGAGGUUUACAAAAUUAUGAGGGGUAUAGACAGAGUAAAUGCAAGUAGGCUUUUUCCACUUAGAUUAGGAGAGAUAAAUACGAGAGGAUUAGGGUGAAAAGGGAAAGGUUUAGGGGGAACUUCUUCACUCAGAGCUGUGGGAGUGUGAAACGAGCUGCCAUCUGACGUGGUAAAUGCAGGCUCACUCUUAAGUUUUAAGAAUAAAUUGGAUAGAUACAUGGAUGGGAGAGGUCUGGAGCAUUAUGGACUGGGUGCAGGUCAAUGGGACUAGCAGAAUAAAGUUUUGGCAUAGACUAGAAGGCCCGAAUGGCCUGUUUUCUGUGCUAUAGUGUUCUAUGGUUCUAAAUAGUAACCUUGCAAAAAAGAACAGUUUGUUUUUAAUACCUGUUUCUAAGGUCAUCAACAGCAAUAAAA